GCUGCGUUCACGCUCAUUUCCUCCCCCACUGUGUGCGGCGCGACGUUCACGAGCGCCCGGCCCACAGAUGUUUCAUUAGGCAACGAGGCUGCCGAGAGCUGCUGGUGCCCACUUCCUGUAUUCACAGCAACAGGAGCCAACAAACGUCUCUUUUCUUUUUUUUUUUUUUUUUUUUUUUUAUCCCGAUAACCACAAGACGGUUUGAACUCCGGCGUCGCCGGCUCGCGUUGAAGAGCCGCUCCGCCGCUGCUGUCAUGGUGGAGACUCCAGCCGGCUGUCUGUUUGAAGACAUCCAGUAUGAAGACAUCCAAGUUGAAGCGGCUGUGGGCAGAGGCACGUUUGGAGUCGUCUUCAAGGCCGUGUGGAAAGGAAAAGACGUCGCCAUCAAGACCAUCGAGAGUGAAAAUGAAAGGAACGCCUUUCUCGUGGAGCUCCGCCAGCUGUCCCGGGUGAAUCACCCCAACAUUGUGAAGCUGUACGGCUCCUGUGACAAUCCAGUCUGUCUGGUCAUGGAGUAUGCAGAAUGUGGCUCUUUAUAUAACCUCCUGCACAGCGCCGACCCUCAGCCCCACUACACGGCAUCCCACGCCAUGAGCUGGUGUCUGCAGUGUGCCCAGGGAGUCGCCUAUCUGCAUUCUAUGAAGCCAAAGGCCCUAAUUCACCGGGACCUCAAACCCCCGAAUCUGCUCCUGGUGGCUCGUGGCACCGUGCUGAAGAUAUGUGACUUUGGAACAGCUUGUGAUAUUCAGACCUACAUGACCAACAACAAGGGCAGUGCAGCCUGGAUGGCACCGGAGGUGUUUGAAGGCAGCAACUACAGUGAGAAGUGCGACGUGUUCAGUUGGGGCAUCAUCCUGUGGGAGGUCAUCACACGCAAGAAGCCCUUCGAUGAGAUCGGCGGCUCUGCCUUUUGUAUAAUGUGGGCCGUCCACAGAGGUACACGGCCUCCUCUCAUCAAAGACCUCCCAGAGCCCAUAGAGAGUCUGAUGACCCGCUGUUGGGACAAAGAACCCAGCCAGAGGCCGUCAAUGGAGGAGGUCAAGAACACCAUGAGCCAUCUCAUGAAGUACUUCCCAGGCUCCGAUGAACCCCUCAAGCUCCCUCAUCAGUCUUCACCCAACAGAAGCGGCUCUUCAUCGGCCACGAGCACAGGCUCGUAUGCGGACUACACCAUCAGCAGCAACCGGAGCGACGACAACACGGAGCGCAGGGAGGAGACCCUGAAAAGCUUUGAGGCCAAGUUUCCCCUCCAGUUCAAACCCUCAAAGACAGCCACGCUGCGUACCGGGUUGUCCAAGGUGUCCAGUGUGGACAGUCAACCUGGACGCUCCCAAAGCCCCACCCCCUGCACCAGCCCUAUAACCACCACCGGCCAAUCAGAGCUGAGGAUGACCAUUAGUCCCACAGCCACCAAUGGUUCAGACGGCUCCAUUCCCAUGGCCUACCUGAAACUGGAUCACCAGUUACAGCCUCUGGCUCCGUGUCCCAACUCCAAAGAGUCCAUGGCCGUGUUUGAACUGCACAUCAGGAUGGCUCAGGACUACCUUAAAAUCCAGUCAGAGAUCGCUGACCUCGCUCGGAGGAAAGAGGAGCUCAUGUCUGAGCUGGAGCAGGACCAGAGGGAGCAGCAGACCUCAUCUCGACUCCUCCAGGAGCACGGCAAGCUGCUGGAGGACAACAGCAGCCUGUCCACCGACUGCCAGGGCCUGCGGAGCAAGCUGAGCCUGAUCAAGACUCAGAACCAGCACCACAGCUAGGACUCGCGCCUCUGCUACACCGGCUCUUCUCCGACGGAUGAGAGGAAUCACUCCAUGGGACGGACGGACCUUAAAGGAGGGAAAGUAUUCACACGCGGCUCACGGCAAAACCAGGUGCCAGGGGAACGCGGACGGGGCUAACGCCGAUGGCCCGCACCCAGUUUAAAAGACAUUUCCCAUUAGUGCCAAAGAGUCACACCAGCGUUGAGGGUGUCGACACUACAGGAAACACAAGUGAAAUUUCUUCUUUUUAGUAUUUACUUUUUUUUUUU